AAAUUACCGAAAUCUGAUAGUGCGCAUUGCAUAGAAGCACCAAAAUUCCAUUACGAUAUGGAUUUUGAUUUACGUGCUUUAAAAGCAGCUUUAAAAUCCGCGGAAUUUCUCGAAGAAUCAGGCUAUCAAUCAAUACUUGAACGUUCUCAGCAUAACCAAUAUGGCACUGGAUGGUUUAUCAAUGAAAAUAUCAGUGAAAUCGAUAGUGAUACCGAUGAUAACUGGGGUAUAUUCUUUAUUUUCCCAUCAAUGAGUCAAAAAUAG